AUGGCCACAGAGACCACUCUUCAGGAACUUGGAGUUGAAGAACAAUUAAGAGAAUGUGGUUCUGAUAAGCUUUUACAACAUGAAAAAAAUAUAAUGAAGGAGAGUGAAGAAGAUAUAAUUACUGCCGUGAGAGAAAUAUUAGUUAGAAUUUGUGAUAAAAUCACAUCUCAACAUGACGAAGAACCCAUGUGGAAAAGACGCAAAAUCGAAUCUGGAGUUUCAGGAAUUUUAGCACAACUAAGAUCGCAAUCUAAUUUAGAUAAUGAGGAAUUAAAUACUGCAGACCCUGAUCUAAAUUUUGAAAACAUUGACUUCUCCAAACUAAACAGAAAGGAGAAGCGAGCCUUGUUGCAUAAGUCAAGGCAGACAGAAGCUGGUCGAGAAAUAAAACAAACAAACACUCCCGUUGUGAGUUAUCCUCUUGUUCCUUAUAUAUCUUUUUCCGGUGAAGUAGUUCCUCAUGUUGUUUAUAGUGAACGGCAAUUGUUCUCGAAAGGAGCACCGAAAUUUGGGUUUGAUGUAUGCGAUAAUAACUAUGUAAAACAAGUAAAAUUUUCUCCGUGUGGACAAUAUCUUGCUAGUACUUCACAAGACAGAAACUUACGAGUUUUCGCGUUGCAAGAAGAAAAAGAGAACUUGUCUAUAUUGAGCUGCAUUCCACAGGGGGAUUGCAUAUAUCAAGGAGAAUGGCAUCCAUGUGGUGAUCUCGUAGCAUGCACAUCGAAAUAUCAUCCUAUUCACUUAUUCGAUGUCAAUGGAGAAAAGCAAGCAUCAUAUAGGGGCAUCAAUCACUUGGAUGAGUUGACAGCUGCUUUGUCUAUCGCUUUCUCUAGAGAUGGAAACUUUUUAUAUGGUGGUUAUAAAAAAAUCAUUAAAGUUUGGGAUGUUAGAAACCCUGGAAAGCAGUUAUACGAUAUAAAUACUCAUCGUAAAAAGCCGUUCCCAACUGGACAGAAUGCAAUAAUUAGUUCGAUAGCCAUGAAUCCUGUAAAUGAUACUUUUGCGGCGGGGUGUUAUGGGAAAUUCAUUGCCCUGUACUCUCCAAAAUCCCGUUUCUACGAAUCUCUGUUUGGUGGAGAUUUCAAUGCUGUCACUGACUUGAAGUAUUCAGCUGAUGGAACAAAAUUAUUCAGCUGUGAACGUAAAACAAAUUAUAUAACUUGCUGGGAUUUACGUAAUCUUGGUAAAAAAUUGUUUUCCUUGCACAGAACUUUGGAUUCUAAUCACAAAAUGUAUUUUGAUCUGGACAUAAACGGUAGAUAUCUAUUCUCUGGAACUUCAACCGGAGAAAUCGCAGCUUUUGACUUAAUGACAGGAAAUGAAGAUGAAAAAAUGCCAUUUUCUUCGGCCAAAGUUGCUGAAUGUGCUAUACCUGCUGUCAGCGCUCAUCCGCGGGUUCCUCUCAUUGCUUGUUGUAGUGGUGAACGUAUAUUCCCUUUCCCUGAGUUGGAAGUUAGCAACGGCGAAGACGAGAAACCGUCUUCGUAUAGAGAAGUAUCAAAAACUGAAGAUCUCUCCAAUGCUAUUUACUUGUGCAAAUUUUGA